CGCUCUAAGUUUUGGGCCCUGCUCCCGGACAACACUGAGUGUCCGGACCCCGGGAGCGGAGGUUGAGUGCGGACUCUUGUGCCCACGCGGGGCAUCCCUGGGGCACGCUCCACAAGAAACCCCCAGAGCUCGUCCCGCAAUCAGGAUAGACUUUCCUGCAGCAGCCUCUCCGGGCCAGGGUGCCCUUUGCCCUCUGCGCUCCUGGGUCCUGCACCAAGACUCUUGAGUCCGACAAGGGGAGUCAGGCGUUGGCGCCUGAGUGGUGGGCACUGCGCCUCGCGCGAGUUGCGGGAUGGCGAGCAAGGCGCUGCUAGCCGUCGCUCUGUGGCUCUGCGUGGAGACCCGGGCCGUCACUGUGGGUUUUCCCAGUGUCUCGCCCGAAUCACCCACUCUUAGCAUACAGAAAGACAUACUUACAAUCAUGGCUAAUUCAACUCUCCGAAUUACUUGCAGAGGACAGAGGGAGCUGGACUGGGUCUGGCCCAACAACCAGAGCGCCUCUGAGGGAAGGAUGCAGGUGACGGAGUGCAGUGACGACUUGUUCUGCAAGACACUCACAAUUCCCAGAGUGAUUGGAAACGACACUGGAGCCUACCAGUGCUGCUACCAGGAUACCAAGGUGGCCUCCACUGUCUACGUCUACGUCCAGGAUUACAGAUCUCCGUUUAUUGCUUCUGUCAGUGAUCAACAUGGAGUUGUGUACAUUACUGAGAACAAGACUGUGGUGAUUCCAUGCCUGGGAUCCGUUUCAAACCUGAACGUGUCACUUUGUGCUAGGUAUCCAGAGAAGAGGUUUGUUCCUGAUGGCAACAGAAUUUCCUGGGACAGCAGGACGGGUUUCACCAUCCCCAGCCACAUGAUCAGCUACGCUGGCAUGGUCUUCUGUGAGGCCAAAAUUCACGAUGAGAGUUACCAGUCAAUUAUGUACAUAGUUGUGGUUGUAGGGUACAGGAUAUAUGAUGUGGUGAUGAGCCCCGCUCACGAGGUGGAGCUAUCUGUGGGGCAGAAGCUUGUCUUAAAUUGUACAGCGAGAACCGAGCUCAACGUGGGACUGGACUUCAACUGGGAAUACCCUUCUCCAAAGCAUAAGAAACCUGUAAACCGGGACCUAAAAACGCAGUCUGGGAAUGAAAUGAAGAAGUUUUUGAGUGUGUUGACGAUUGAGAGUGUAACCCGGAGUGACCAAGGCUGGUAUACCUGUGCAGCGUCCAGUGGGCUGAUGACCAAGAGGAAUCGCACUUUCGUCAGGGUCCAUGAAAAGCCUUUUGUUGCUUUUGGGAGUGGCAUGGAAUCUCUGGUGGAAGUCACGGUGGGGGAGCGAGUACGAAUUCCUGUGAAAUACAUCAGCUACCCAUCGCCUGAGAUCAAAUGGUAUAAAAAUGGAAGACUCCUGGAGUCCAAUCAUACGAUUAAGGUGGGACAUGUGCUGACCAUCAUGGAAGCAAGCGAAAAAGACACUGGGAAUUACACCAUCAUCCUCACCAACCCCAUCACGGGGGAGAGGCAGAGCCACGUGGUGUCUUUGGUUGUGAACGUGCCGCCGCAGAUUGGGGAGAAGUCUCUGAUCUCGCCCGUGGACUCCUACCAGUACGGCACCUCACAGACACUCACCUGCACCGUCUAUGCCCUCCCUCCGCCGCACCAUAUCCGCUGGUACUGGCAGCUGGAGGAGGAGUGCUCCGACCUGGCCAGCCCAUCUUCCUUAACGACGAACCCAUACACCUGCAAAGAAUGGCGGCAUGCGGAGGAUUUCCAGGGAGGAAAUAGAAUUGAAGUCAACAAAAAUCAGUUUGCCCUAAUUGAAGGGAAAAAUAAAACCGUGAGCACCCUUGUCAUCCAAGUGGCGAACGUGUCAGCGUUGUACAAAUGUGAAGCCAUCAACAAAGCUGGGCGAGGGGAGAGGGUCAUCCCCUUCCACGUGACGCGCGGUCCUGAGAUCACUGUGUACCCGAGCCCACAGCCAACCGAGCAGGAGAGUGUGUCUCUGUGGUGCUCCACAGACCGCAGCACAUUCGAGAACUUCACCUGGUACAGGCUUGGACCCCAGGCUCUGCCCAUCCACACCGUAGAGCUGCCCUCGCCCAUCUGCAAGCACGUGGACACCUUUGUGAAGCUCAACACUACCGUGUUCUCCAACGGCACGAGUGAUAUUGCCAUCACCGAGCUGCAGAACGUGUCCCUGCAGGACCAAGGCCACUACGUCUGCUUUGCUCAAGACAGGAAGACCAAGAAGAGGCGAUGCGUGGUCAGGCAACUUCUAGUCUUAGAGCGGAUGGCACCCGUGAUCACCGGGAACCUAGAGAAUCAGACGACAAGCAUUGGCGAGACCAUUGAGGUUUCUUGCAUAGCAUCUGGGAAUCCCCCUCCACAGUUCACGUGGUUCAAAGAUAACGAGACACUUGUGGAAGACUCAGGCAUCGUGUUGAAAGAUGGGAACCGGAAUCUAACGAUCCGCAGAGUGAGGAAGGAGGACGAAGGCCUCUACACCUGCCAGGCGUGCAGCAUCCUUGGAUGUGUGAAAGCAGAGGCGUUUUUCAUCGUGGAAGGUGCCCAGGAAAAGACCAACUUGGAAGUCAUUAUUCUCGUUGGCACCGCAGUGAUUGCCAUGUUCUUCUGGCUCCUCCUUGUCAUCGUCCUGCGGACCGUGAAGCGGGCCAAUGGAGGGGAACUGAAGACGGGCUACUUGUCCAUCGUCAUGGAUCCAGAUGAACUGCCCUUGGAUGAGCACUGUGAGCGCCUGCCUUACGAUGCCAGCAAAUGGGAAUUUCCCAGGGACCGGCUGAAGUUAGGGAAGCCUCUUGGCCGUGGUGCCUUUGGCCAGGUGAUGGAAGCUGAUGCUUUUGGAAUUGACAAGACAGCAACCUGCAAGACGGUGGCCGUCAAAAUGUUAAAAGAAGGAGCAACACACACUGAACACCGAGCCCUUAUGUCUGAACUCAAGAUCCUCAUUCACAUUGGCCACCAUCUCAAUGUGGUUAACCUGCUGGGUGCCUGCACCAAGCCAGGAGGGCCUCUCAUGGUGAUUGUGGAAUUCUGCAAGUAUGGAAACCUAUCAACUUACUUACGGGGCAAGAGAAAUGAAUUUGUCCCCUACAAGACCAAAAGUACGCGGUUCCGGCACGGGAAGGACUAUGUUGGGGAAAGCCCAGUGGAUCUGAAACGUCGCUUGGACAGCGUCACCAGCAGCCAGAGCUCAGCCAGCUCAGGCUUCGUGGAGGAGAAGUCCCUGAGUGACAUGGAGGAAGACGAAGCUUCUGAAAGUCUGUACAAGGACUCCCUCACCUUGGAGCACCUCAUCUGCUACAGCUUCCAAGUGGCCCGUGGCAUGGAGUUCCUGGCAUCUCGCAAGUGCAUUCACAGGGACCUGGCAGCACGUAAUAUCCUCUUGUCAGAGAAGAACGUGGUGAAAAUCUGUGACUUUGGCUUGGCCCGGGAUAUCUAUAAAGACCCCGAUUAUGUCAGAAAAGGAGAUGCUCGCCUGCCUCUGAAGUGGAUGGCCCCGGAAACCAUUUUUGACAGAGUCUACACAAUCCAGAGUGAUGUGUGGUCCUUUGGUGUGCUGCUCUGGGAAAUAUUUUCCUUGGGUGCUUCUCCCUAUCCUGGAGUAAAGAUUGAUGAGGAAUUCUGUAGGCGGUUGAAAGAAGGAACCAGAAUGAGAGCUCCUGACUACACCACCCCGGAAAUGUAUCAGACCAUGCUUGACUGCUGGCACGGGGAACCCAAUCAGAGGCCCACGUUUUCCGAGCUGGUGGAACAUCUGGGGAACCUGUUACAGGCGAAUGCUCAACAGGACGGCAAGGAUUACAUUGUUCUCCCGAUGUCAGAGACUCUGAGCAUGGAGGAGGAUUCCGGGCUCUCUCUGCCUACCUCACCUGUUUCCUGUAUGGAGGAAGAGGAAGUGUGCGACCCCAAAUUCCAUUAUGACAACACAGCAGGAAUCAGUCAGUAUCUGCAGAACAGUAAGCGAAAGAGCCGGCCUGUGAGUGUAAAAACAUUCGAAGAUAUUCCACUGGAAGAACCAGAAGUAAAAGUAAUCCCAGAUGACAACCAGACCGACAGUGGCAUGGUUCUCGCGUCAGAAGAACUGAAGACUUUGGAAGACAGGAGCAAAUUAGUUCCAUCUUUUAGUGGGCUGCUACCCAGCAAAAGUCGGGAGUCUGUGGCAUCGGAAGGCUCCAACCAGACCAGCGGCUACCAGUCGGGGUACCACUCGGAUGACACAGACACCGCAGUGUCCUCUGGCGAGGAGGCAGAACUUUUAAAGCGAGUGGAGGCUGGUGUGCCUGCUGGUGGCUCAGCCCUGGGACUCCAGCCUGGCUCUGGGACCAGGCUGAGCUCCCCUCCUGUUUAACGGAGUUAUUGCCUGCCCCAGCUCCUGGUACUCACAGGAGAGGCAGGGCUCAGCUGACCAGCAUUAGGAACAGUCACCUGUGACUUCAUUUCCCUAAAAAUCCACACCAAAAGGACCUCACUCGGACUGCAGGGAGGCGCUUUCUGAGCGGACGCUUGCGACCCAAGGAUGUGUCGGCA